AUGAGGGAUCCGCAGGAGCAUGUGGCGGCAUUAGAAAUGGUGAUGAACCUCUACGGACAAUCAGCCCCAAUAAUGGCAAAACUAUUUGCGACCACACUCACGGGGAAAGCUCAGGAGUGGUUCACAAACCUGCCUCGAGGGAGCAUUGAAUCCUAUGAGCAGCUCGUGCAAAAAUUCAACUUCCACUUCGCGAGCAAGAAGAAGCAGAAGAGAUCCGCCACCCAUCUGUUCAACAUCCGGCAGAGAGAAGAUGAAACUUUGAAAAAUUUCAUGGGCCGGUUCAACAAUGAAACCCUGGAGGUGCAGGAGUUAAGGAUUGACAUGCUCGUGAGCAUCCUCAUUCACGGGCUCAGGAAGAGUUCUUUCGCAUCCGCCCUCGCGCGAGACCCGCCCGUCGACGUCGAACAAUUGAUGGCAUUAGCACAGAAGUAUAUCGACGAAGAGGAGAUGAACGCGAUGAAAGAUUCAGAACGAAGAGAGCGAGAUUACAUCCCUAGGCGACCUCAAGAGGUCAGAGGAGGAGGAAGCGACAAGCCUAAAACGGAGAAGCGGAAGGAACCCUAG